UGGCGCUCUCUCGGGAAGCGGGUCAGUUUGAAGCUGCAAGAGGAGCUCCAUGGAAACCAGGCCGCGGGACAUCAGGGUCUGCCGGGACCUAAGUGCCUUUGCCCGUCCGACGGGGCGUCUGGCCGGCCGGCCCUUGUGGCAGAAAGAGCUGCCUUUGUAAGUGAAGAUGCCCAGCGCUGAAUCUGGGACCUCCAGUUGCACGUGGGCUUGAUGACUGAGAUGCGGACCUUCCUCUGAUAUUAGUUGAAAGCUGAGACUGUGAUGGCAAGACCAAUAAUCUCCCCAAUGGGUGUCCAACCAACGGCUCCUGAAACCUUUGUUGUGCUGAACCAGAGAAUGAAAGUAGCUGAAGAGGAGACAAAUGCACUAUUGAAUGAUCUGCAGAAAUUGGGUGUGAACAGACACAGCAUGGAACUCUUCUCUUCAAAACACACAGCGAACUCUGAAGAUCACCAGUCCAUCAGCCCUAUCCAAGUUCGAACAGCAUUUGUUGGGGCAAAUAGCACACUGUGGAAAACCUGUGAAACUCUGGUGAAUCGGACAUGCCGGCUUGAGAGUGUCAUCCAGACCCUAAAACUGAACAUGUUCCGGUUGCAAACAGAAAAGGAGUUGAAUCCAAAGCAUGCAGCCAAUUUAGAACAGCGGCUGAAUACAAUACAGGAGGAGCACAUGGAAGAGCUAAAGGUGCUGCAAAUGGAAGGGAGAAUGCUAUGCCAGCAGCUGAGGGAGUCCCGAGAAGAGGAAGAAAAAGCUAGAGACCAAGUGCAGAAACUAAGCGCUGCCCUAGAAACUGCAACUGCAACAAAGAGAGAUGUAUCUAUUGCAGCUGAAGAAUUGAGAACAACAAAAGAAAAGAUGAGCAAUAAACUGCAAGAGAUAACAGAGAAAUUGGCCAAGGAGUCCAGCACACGGGAGUCUUUGGAACAAGCCCAGAUUGUCCUUCUUUAUCAGAUGCGUGAUAUGGAAGUGAUGGUAGAAAAAGAACGGAAGCAGGUUCACAUUCUGCAGCAGGACUGUAACAGUCUACGCCAUGAUUUUCAGCUAUCCCAGGAGAGAUUGAAGAAGGAAGAAGAGAAGAUAGUCCAAUUAGAGAAGGAAUGUGUACAUCUUAAAGCUGAUCUAGAAUCCCGAGACAAUACCAUUUCCAGGCUAAGCAAAGAAGUGCAAAUUGCACAGCUAUCUUUGAACCCAGCACAAGAAGAGAAUACACAGCUUCGAUCAGAAAUAUCUACUUUACAAGAGGUAGCAAGUAAGGGGCAGAUGCUUAAUGAGCAAUUGGCUCAACAGUGCACAGAACUAAGUGAUGCUCUUCAAAGAGCUACUAUGGAAAAUGCGCAACUUAUCUCAAAUCAUCAGGCUGCUCUUCAGAUGGAACAAGAAAAAAUGAAUCAGAAACUGCAGGAAGAAGACUUGAUUUUGGAUGCUACUCGAGCUAGUGUUACAGAAGAGCUGCAGAUUGUACAGAAAGAAAAAGCUCAGCUCCAGAAAGAAAUAGAAGUCUUGCAAGCUGAGCAUGCUGAAUGCAAGCAGAGAGAUUGUAAAGGAGAAGUCACUGCUGCCGAAAAAGAACUCCUGGAGUCUACAGUUGCCCAGAUCCAAAAUGAAUUGAAAACAAUUAUACAGGAGCGAGAUUCUCUGCUGCAGGAGAAAAAGAUACUUGAAGAAGAGUUGGAGAAAACAAUACAAGAAACAAGAAUGACGAAUGAAAAGUUGGAAGCAGAACUAACGGAAAAAAAGUUGGAAAUUAAUCCUCUGAAAGAGUCCGUGAAAGCACUAGAGGAAGAAAAUAAGAUAUUAUCGGAGCAGGAAGCUGCACUGGGACAACAAAAGGUGAGGGUACAGCAGCUGGAAGAAGAGCUGCAGUCCCUCAUAUAUGUGCAAUCAGAAAAUAAUCAGCUCCGCAAAUUGUGUACAGCCCUGAAGACUAAAUAUAAUCAGGCACAGUCUCUCCUUGUUUAUAGAGAGGAGGCUUUUUCUGAGUCAAUCAAAUCCCGUGAUGAAGCAUUAAGAGAGAACCAGAAGCUCAGAGGGCAAAUAGGUGCCACUGAAGAAAGAGAAAAGCGCAAGCUGGCAACUCUACAACGCAAGCUGGAAGAAUCAAAGGAAGAUAACAUCAAAAUGACCACAAUGUUAGAAAAUGUGUUGGCUUCUCAUAACAAGAUGCAGGUAGCUCUGGAAAAGGUGCGAACUGAGUUGGGGCACAAAGAUUCUGAGAUUGCUGUCUUGAAGAAAGAUAGGACCCAGAGCCAGCAGAGAAUUCAAAAGCUGGAAGCAGAGCUGGAGGACUAUCAUAGCAAGCUGGCUUUGGACUCCCAGCGCAAUGCAAAGAUGAACUCACUUCGUAAAAGCCUGGAAGCCUCCAAAACGGAAAAGAAGAAACUUGUCCAAAAUUUAGAGCAAACCCUGCAGACCAAUAGUGCCCUGCAAAGCAAACUCUCGCUUGUUCAAGAUGAGUUGGAAAGCAAAGAAGCAGAAUGCCGGCAAUUAAUGGAAUGCAGGGACCAGCUCAUUGAAGAAACCAAGAGGGAGACCAAGUUCUAUGGAGAUCGCCUUGAGACCCUGAAGAAACAGUUUCAGACUGAACGAGAAGUAGCGAAGAAAGCAGCUCAUAAAGAAUCAUCUGAGUUCAAAAAAGCUCUUGAAGAGGCCUGCUGUAAAUCUAGUGAAAUACUACACUGUAACCGGGAACUGCGGGCAAAAGUGAUAGAACUGGAAACUGCGUUGACUGCUCAAAAGGAGAAGGUAAAAAGGCAGAAAAUGUUAAUCAACCAGUACUUCAACUCCAAGGCCAAUAGAACACACAAUGCAGAGAAAAUAAAGGAGAUUGAAUUGGAACUGAGGCAAAUGGAAGAGCUGAAGGAACUAUACCAGAAGAAAAACUAUGAGCAGUCCCUUAGUAUCAAACAAUUUGCCACUGAAUUAACAAGCCUACAAAGUGAGAUGCAGCAAGUGGCCAAAAAUCAACAAGUGAUGGAAAAUCAGCUGGAAGAAGAAAGGAAACAACGGAAACAGCUUGAGGAAGAGUGCCGGACCAGGGAAGACACCAUUAGGCAGCUCAGGAAAUGCAAGGAGGCUACUGAAGAGAAACUAAAAGAAGCCAGCAUUGAGUCUGAACAGAUAUCUGCUAACCUGGAAGAAGCUCAUCAUUGGUUCAAGUCCAAGUUUGACAGUCUGCAGCGGGAGCUAGUCAAAAACCAAAAACAAAAGCUGGGUGAACAAAGUGAAGAAGAGAAUAUGCCAGUGAAGAUCCCUAGCCAGGCCUGCCUGAAGCGGUGGGAGACCAAAAAUCACCUGAAGUUCAUCUCCAGGAAAUAUUUAACGGAACAAAAUAAUUGACGACCUGCUUAUCCAGGAGGUUCCAGGCUGUAAGAGAUGACCCUGCACCUGUGAACACCUUGUCUCAGAUCUAGGGCCCCACUAUCUGGAAGGAGCCAAAGGGUGGAUCAUUUCAGUGUGAUCAUCCACAUACUGAUGUUAGCAGAGGAGAUCUUGUAUGAAGUAGGAAUGCUCUAUACUAAUGAAGAAAAGUCCUCUAAACCUUAAGUACUAGGCUUCAACUACCAAGUCUAAAAAUGCCUCUGGGGAACUUUUCAGACUGGAAAACAUCAAGUUUUAUUAAAAUAAAUUAUGUGCCCCAAUCCUAAAAUCUUCUUCCUGAGCAAAUAACUUCCACUUUUAAAGCUACACAUAGGAUGCAAAUCUACAGGGGUAAGUGUCCAGAAUCAAGCUUGUUACACUAUGUACACACUAUACACUGUGAUAUGCUUAAUAUAAAAUUACCAGUUGUGCUUUAUUUGCAAUUUAAGAAGGGAAAACUUUGAUUUUCUUUCCUUCUUUUUAAGUGGUAGUUCUGAAGCCUUGACCAGGCUAAUUUUGUAGAAAUUGAGGCUAUCCUCCAAAUAUGUCUUCCUAUGCAGGAUAUUUUUUUACAAAAGGGAGUAUUCAUUAGUUCUCUCAUUACAAGGCAUAGUUUUGAGCAGAUACAUCACCUCCUGAGAUAAACUGUCAUGAGAGAAAAGAUGUAUGACAGAAAUACUUUUUAUAACUACUAAAAGUAUAGUAACAAAAUUCAUAAUUGAAUCAACUAUUUUUUAAAUGAAAAUGUUCUACUAUCUGCUCUUACCUGCUUUCUCCUAAUUCUCACCAGUCAUUUAUUUGGGAAUUGAACUGUUCAGUAUCAGGUGAGAAAACAAUAUAAAAGCCAGAAAGUUAGCUCUUUAUAUCAUUGGUGAUAUAUGAAAUUUAAUGAAAAUCACCAUUUCAUUAAAAAAAUCAUUAAACAAGUAUGUCAUUUGACAAUUCGCUGAACUAGAAAAUACUUACUCAGGCCUCCAAAUGAAAGUCUUACAGGGAAUCAGUUCACAAACAUCAAAACCACUGGCCUUUCCAACUAUUUUCACCCUAAAUCAACCUUCCCUUAUCUCAGUGUCCUCCAGACUUCAACUCCCAGAAUUCUCAGCAAUGAUCCUGGUAACUGGGAUUCACAAAAAGAAAUCUCAAGGGAAUCCAGAUUGAGGAAGAUUAUCAUAAAUCAUGGGUAACAGUGUGUUACAUUUCUGAACUUUCUCUGUUCUAGAUAACUGCUGUAAGGCAUAUGCCUGCUAUAUAUCUUGUAGGGGUGUGGGGGUGUUUUUAAGAAUAA